AUGUCCGUCACUAAUGCUGGAAGAGAUGGUUAUCCGUCAAUACAUUCAACUUUCUCGGUAGUUCCACCCGUGAAUGGUAUUAAUUGCGAUUUGUCGAAGAAUGAUGCGUGUUUUGAAUCGAUUGCGACGUUUGUAGCACCUCGAAGAGCUUCAGAAUUAGCUCCAGCACAUGAAGAAGUCUUGCAACUGACAACAGCUCAAUUACUAGGUCCUGAGUAUGAAAAAGCCGUGGAAGUGGCACAAUUUGCUAUUGACAAAGAGCGGAGACAGAUGCCACAUACGGCAAUUGACGCUUAUAUUCAAGCAGGACAGAUGCUCAUUGCAAUUGGGAGACGACAAGCUGCACCACAUUUACAGGAUAUUGUAAAGACAAAAGCUCUUGCAUUAUUGCAACGAGCUGAAGGACUUUCAGAGUGGACAAAUGAAGUACUAGCAAAGGAUUCAAGUCAACAGGCACUGGCAGUAGCCUAUCACCAGUCGCAGCAAAAUCGCCACAAGUCAUUGACAGAGAAACAGGAGCUCGUGUCCAAGAUGCAGCAAGAUAAUCGUAAUAUGAAGGAGAGACUGAAUCAAUUGGCACUGCUGACUAAGAUUCGAGGUCGUAUGGUAAAAGUUGUGAGGACUCGACGGGCACGGAAAGCAGCGGAGAAGGAGGAGGUAGAAGCUGCAGUUCAAGCAAGUACUAGGAGUAAUCGUGGAGGGUUCAAUGACGUGACUGGAGAGGUCAAUGAAUAUCUGUACAGUGAUGGAGAAGGAGAAGACAGUUAUGGGAAGCUGAAUAAUGUCACGGGGUCUAGCUCUGAUGAAGAUGAGGAGCCAAGGAAUUCUUAUCAGCACUACCGAACCCAUCCUGCCUCAGCAACUGGAGAUUCACCGCGGGAAGCACAGAAGAUCGGGCUUAUCAAUGAGUUGCAUGAACGCAUUGGACUACCACAGAUUGACCAGUUCCGCAAGUUUGAGCCUUUGACAAAUGAUCCAAGAACAGAUGAGAAGCAGGAGCAGCUGCAGUCGGAAUUGGAAGUGGCGAAACAAGAAGCAGACAAGCUACGAGCUGCAGUACAGGAGAUGGAGCGAUGCUUACAACUUGCUGCGCAGCAUGCCAAGCAGCGUUCGAUCAAAUUGGAGCAACAAAAAACACAAGAAUUUGCCGAGGUACAGAACGAGCUAGAUCGUGUGCGAGAGGAACUCGAGAUGGAACUGCGACGGUCCACUUCUUCUCUACACAGUAUCUCUUCAAGCUGUUCGAGCAGGAGAUCAUCCGUGGCCUCCGAUCCUGGCGGCAGAGCGAUCAAACACACUGGAAAGCUGGGCCAUGUUGGGUCAUCACUUGUCAACGUUUUUCGUGGACACAAUGAACGAUCUGAUGGCGUUGAUAAUGUCCAGUGUCCUUCACCUUCACAUGAUUCCCGACAUCAUACGUCAACAAGACAGGAACAUAACUCCACAGCACAGUCUUACGACAUGGACGAGGAGGAAAUGGAAGAAGAUGUUGAUGGUGGCGUAUGGCUAUAA